GGGCCUGGCGAUAUUACUGUGUGAGCUGGCAGGUUGCCACCAGAUGUCCGUUAGACGCGAGGGCUUUUUGACUUAAUACCACAUUCUGCCACUUAAUUGGAAAGCUGGCCGGAGCCCACCUCACUUUGAACAGGGAAAAGAGUCUGUCUUAGGAAUUUUCUCCUUUUACGUGCCACGAUAACCGAUGGCAGAGAAUGUCGACGACUAAUAACAUAGCCCAGGCGAGGAAGUUGGUGGAGCAGCUGAGGAUUGAAGCAGGCUUUGAACGCAUUAAGGUGUCUAAGGCUGCUGCAGACCUCAUGAGUUACUGUGAGCAGCAUGCCCGCAGCGACCCUCUGCUGGUGGGGGUUCCCACCUCUGAGAACCCUUUCAAAGACAAGAAACCUUGCAUCAUUCUAUAGCUACUCUCCAUAGCCCAGCUCUCUCAGUCCCACUUUAACCAGUGCCCAUCCCCAGUCAAUGGGCAAUUCAGUCCAACACUUCUUUUGAUCUGGAAUCCACAGUAUUCUCCAGAAAAUAAAUGCCACACUCUCUCAGUACAAAACUAGAGGGGGCGAUAUCUGUAUACCUAGCGUCAAGUAGCCCUGCGUUGAGCGUGUCUAUAUGAAUGAAUCUAUUCAUGUGUGCACUGUCUACAUUCAUGCAUAUAGACUUACUUAACAGGUGGCAGAUUUUGGAAUUUGUAAACUGUUUCACAUUAAUUAUACAGUGCUUAAAAGACUGAGAGAAACUCCAGCAUGUUUUUGAGUGCAGUGUGUGACCUUAUUAUCAUAGUCAGUGGGGGAGAGUAGAGGAAGACAGUCAUGUAUAUGCUGACUGACUAGCUGGCUAGCCCAGUCACACUGUGGAAAACGGUUGUUCAGUAUUAACUCUCCAUGGCCAAAAUUGAAACCAGGUAUGCUUAUCUUUAUCAAAACAGCACAUUUCAUGUUUUACAAAGGGAUUCAAGACAUUAACCAGUGUUGCCAAUAUUUUUACGUUUUUAUUUUCUCAGUCCUUUUGUGAGCUAUAGUGUUUCUUUUCAUCGAUAAAAACAUAAGGCUUAAUGCUUUCUUUUUUCUAGUCUUUAUACUAUAUUUCAGAAUCUUCAGACACUAUAAAAGGAAUAAUUUUAUAUAAUGCAGAAAAUAUUAACCUGAUACCUCUUUCCCAGCCUCUUUUAAUGUGCCAAUAUUAAAGAUGAACUUAUAUUUGGAAUAUUAACUUAAAUGUUUGGAUGCAACAUUUGUAGUCAAAUAUCUUGAAAUCAGCCCCCUAAAAUUGCUAUUACCUUUCGGAAUCAGUAAUAUGGCAUUUUAAAUUAAAAGUAUAAGCCUCCGUAUAUCACAGGCCAAUCUUUUUCUCUGAAACUAAACUUGAUUGUAAAAUCCAUACUGAAAGAAAAUAAAAUGUAUAAACUUUCUUUUGGACAUGUUCAGAGGUGUUAACUUUGAGAAUAGUUGUUUUGGAUUUGUUUGUUCCAAUUUCUUUCUAUGGAAACAUGGAAUCUGGUCAUUGAGUAUGAGACUGUACAGUGUUUGAUAACUAAAAGCGCAUUCAUUUUUUUUGUGGGUGUUUUAUCUUUUGUAAUCUUUGUGUAAUUUUUCUGUUUCCUCCAUCAUUCAUAUUUAAUCAUCCAGUUUGUCCUCUUUAAGGCAAGGCAAAGAAGAAAACUAGACAAGGAAUUGACAGACAGCUCUGGUGCUUGUACAUGUGAUAGCAAAUUGCUUACCUGCUCCCUUUUUGGGAAUGUGGAAUGAAUUGUGGACACUGUAAACAAAGCCCACACGAUGAUGUAAGGUGCUCAAGGCAUUGUUUUCAGGCUGUUGUACCAGUUUGAUACAUUUAAAGCACGCUUUAUGAGGUGGUUCGUGUUGAUAAGUCUUGUUAGUUGCUCUGUAUGAAGAGCAGGAUGUUUAGUGUUAUGCAACAGGCCACUGGAUUUGGCUCUGCCCCCUUAGCAGUCACAUGCAGAAUCGCAAGAUGAGGGGCAAGGUCAAGCCACAACUCUGCAUGUUCUAUAUGCAUCCAGCACAUGAUCUAUGAUCACUGGCCAAUAAGUGUCUUGUGCACCACCAUGGGUGACUGUAGUUGACAGUCCCCAAACACUCGCUCGCAGUAUAGAGCAGUGCACUAAAGGGAUAAGUGCUGAAAAUAUAAUUGCCCCGUUGUUUGUCUUUAAAAUUGUGAAAUUAACAUUUGUGUGCAGAAAAAUGGGUCUCGGAAAUGCUGUCGUGGUAUAAAGGGGACCGAGGGGGCCUGUGCUCCCUGCAGCACACAGGAUGCUGUCAUCAGCUCCCAUAUUAAGCAUGACUAAGAUAAGUAGAGAGGUCACAAGAUGGUUAUGUGUCAUCCAGUAGGCCAGAGAACAACAGAGAUUCACACUUCUCACUGCUUGUGCUGCUCCCCACAAGUGAGCCUGCAGAGGACAGAGCCGCACAGCGACAUCACUUCCUGUCUAGCUUGAGCUUAUUAGUAAAGCACAUUCAAGCAUGUUGGCAGAGCAGGACUAAGAAGCAAAGAGUUAAAUGGAUAGUUCUUACACAAAUGACAAUUCUGUCAUCAUUGUUCCAAACCAGAAUGACUCUCUCUCUGUUAGCAAGAAUGUUAGUCUCCGUCACUAUUUACUUCCAUUGCAUCUUUUUUUCCACACAAUGAAAGUGAACGGUGACUGAGGCUAAGAUUCUGCCUAACUUCUCCUUUUGUAUUCCACGAGAGAGUCAUAUUGGUUUGGAACAACUUGAAGGUGACUAAAUUAUGUCAGAAUUUUCAGGUUUGGUAAGAUAGACAUUUAAUUUGAAGUUGGUUUGAUCAGCAUGGAUAUGGCCUUUGUGGUAAAGUACAGAGAUAGUGCUUGGAAAAUCUGUAUCCUGUACAGUGUUGCAUUUCAAAGUAACUUGAGAGACAGAUUGAGUACUAUGGGGGAAAAUGUACAGUAUUAUGUAAUGAAGGGUUGUAAUUUAAUCUCAUGAAGUAUUACAUUAGAAUUUCACUGACGACUUCUUCGCUAACGACGUAGUUGCAAGAAAAAUACACUUAGAUCAGGAAUCCACAUUAGGAAAAAGCCUUUCUGGAGAAGUGCAUUAUUUCACUGCAAAUGUGCAGUAAGUAUGAUAAAGUCAGUCAGUGGUGAGAUAAAAGUAGCACUAAACAAACUUUUAAACAAAGGUGUGAAGUGACCAAACACCAACCAAACUGCUAAACUCAUUGUACCACGUUUGAUGGUAUUACACUGGAGCAAACACUGUGAAAGUCAGCUUAUUAGAAUUAAGUUCUCCAUCCUCUUGACUCACAGUGGGUUAGGAUGCACUGUGCUCCAAAGUAUUGUUUUUACCUUAAGUGUGCUUUCACCACCUUAGGUUGACAAUUCCCUAUGCUUGGAUUUAAAAAGACCCUGCAAUCAUUUCAAUGAGAAAAUGGCUUGCUGUGUUGGGAAACCUGUUGUAUGAAACUGUUAGUACUAGGGAGUGCAUCCAUUUCUAAUUUGUGUUGCACACUGCAAGAACACUUAAGGUGCUGAGGAGGCCAUAAUACCUUAACCUCAAUUCCUUGUUCGAAUUCACACACCAUCAAGCUCUUUCAUGACCAUAAGAGGUGAGAUUUAGGAUUUGUGUGGGUAAUCUCUGUAGCCAAGUCCUUAGCCAGUAGAAUCCAAUCUUAGCCUGUCCCAUUAUUUUGUGUUUUUUCCUGUGUAUGCAAAUGUAUCUUUCUGCCUUGAUUAUGAAGAAAUAUAUCUAUUUUUUUGUAAUUGUUCUUCUCGGAUGUGCCAUAAAUCAUGUUUUCUUGCACACUGUUAAUAUUUUGUGGAUAUUGCUGUUUAAAAUUGAUGAUAUCGAAAAAGUAGAUGAAAUAAAGACAAAAUGUUACUCUGUAUCGGUGGGACUCUCG